AGGUGGGUGGGUGUGUCCCUCUCUAGCGCUCUUUUGACAAACUGGCAAAUCAGCGCAAUUGUAAGCGCACCUGAGCUGCAUUAUAGUGCUGUAUUUAACUGAAGCUGUAGCUGCGCUCUGUUUAAACCUUUUGGUGUUCUUUAAGUAAAGGUUCCUCGAGCUUCACGGUUUAAUUUGCGCUAGGCUUUCCCCCCUCUAGGAACUGAAUAAACUCCGACAUGGGGAGAGAGAAGAUACACAUCAACCUUGUGAUCAUUGGCCAUGUUGACAGUGGGAAAUCGACCACUACGGGCCAUCUUGUUUAUAAAUGCGGUGGUGUUGACCCAAGAACCCUGGAUAAGUAUGAGAAAGCUGCAGCUCAGAUGGGGAAAGGUUCCUUCAAGUAUGCAUGGGUUCUUGACAAGCUGAAGGCAGAAAGAGAGCGUGGCAUCACCAUUGAUAUUUCCUUGUUGAAGUUCAACACUCAGAAGUAUGUGUUCACUAUAAUUGAUGCACCUGGUCACCGGGACUUCAUUAAGAACAUGAUUACAGGAACUUCACAGGCUGAUGCUGCUCUGCUGGUUGUCUCUGCAGCAAAGGGUGAGUUUGAGGCAGGCGUAUCCCGCAAUGGGCAGACAAGGGAGCAUGUCUUGCUGGCUUACACUCUCGGAGUCAAGCAGCUUGUAGUCUGUGUCAACAAAAUGGACCUCACUGAGCCACCUUUCAGCCAGAAACGUUAUGAGGAGGUAGUGAAAAACGUAACUGUUUUUAUCAAGAAGAUUGGUUAUGACCCAACUGCAGUGCCCUUUGUACCCUUAUCUGGUUGGUGCGGUGACAACAUGCUUGCACCUUCACAGAAGAUGUCUUGGUUUAAAGGCUGGAAGAUCAAGAGAAAGGAUGGCUUUUCAAGUGGCAAGACACUGUUAGAAGUGCUUGACUCAUUGUACCCACCAGUGCGCACUGCCAGCAAGCCUCUUCGUCUACCACUGCAGGAUGUCUACAAAAUUGGAGGAGUUGGCACAGUUCCUGUGGGCAAAAUUGAAACUGGGAUUCUGAAGCCUGGGAUGGUUCUGACCUUCUCACCAGCUAAGCUGACUGCAGAGGUUAAAUCCAUUGAGAUGCAUCACCAGGGGCUGCAGACGGCCCUGCCUGGCCAUAAUGUGGGCUUCAACAUCAAGAAUGUGGCAGUCAAGAACUUGAGACGUGGAGAUGUUGCUGGUAAUGCCCAGCAAGACCCACCAUCUGAUGUCAAUAGCUUUAUUGCUCAGGUUAUUAUUCUCAAUCACCCUGGCAAAAUCAAAAGUGGUUACUCUCCAGUGCUGGACUGCCAUACCACCCAUGUGACCUGUAGCUUUGCAGAGCUGCAGGAGAAGCUUGAUCGGCGCACAGGGAAGAAACUGGAAGACAUUCCUCCUUUCUUGGUCUCUGGGGAUGCUGCCACAGUCAAAUUUGUUCCCAUCAAACCCCUGUGUGUGGAGAGCUUCUUCAGCUAUCCACCUUUAGGGCGGUUUGCAGCAAGGGACCUGAAGCAGACUGUUGCUGUUGGGGUGAUCAAGUCAGUGGAGAAGGUGGAUCAAGCAAGAAGGACUGCACAAAAAGCUCAAGCAUUAAAAUGAGUGGAUCAUUUAGACCUUAUUACACACCUUUUGUUUACCAGCAGUCUGGUAUUUAAACCUUAAGAGGUUGAAUUUGAGUUUUUUUAUUACACAAAUGUUUGACUUGCAAAUUGAGAUGCUGCUUUUUGUUGAGAGCCAUGGUGAACUUGUGCCAUGAAUACUGAUGUCCUUGACCUGAGGAAUUUUGUUGCUAGACUGCAAAAUAAAUUUGAUUUGUCUUGUGUGCA